UGGCGUGACAUGCGCAGUGGCUGUGAGGGCCGUUUCCUGGGCGACGAGAGGCGGCGGCGGUGAGGAGGCUGGAGCUGUGCACAGUACACACGGGGGGGGGGGAGAGGCUGCGCUGUAACGGUCAGGGCGGCUCGCGUGAGGAGUCACUCUGCAGCGCCUGAAGCCCGGCCAUGGCUGAACUAGGGCUAAAUGAACACCAUCAAAAUGAAGUAAUCAACUACAUGCGCUUUGCUCGUUCAAAACGAACAGUGAGGCUGAAAACUGUUGACUCCUGCUUUCAGGACCUUAAAGACAGCAGGCUGACAGAAGACACGUUCACAGUGGAUGAACUGACAGAGAUGUUAGAUGGACUACAGGUUGUGGUUCACAGUGAGGUGGAGUCAGAGCUCAUCAACACUGCCUACACUAAUGUGCUGCUUCUACGCCAACUCUUAUCUCAAUCUGAGAAAUGGUACCUGAAACUACAAACAGAUAUCUCUGAGCUGGAAAACAGAGAACUCUUGGAGCAAGUGGCAGAAUUUGAAAAGGCAGAAUUUACUUCAGGAAAGAAAACAAACUCUGAAGCCAUGAAGCCAAAGCUUGCUCCACUGAACGAAGGAGGAUCAUCUGGACUCUUAAGCAAGGAAAUUGCAAGACUCCAAGAUGAGAAUGAAAAACUAAAAGCCAGGCUUAAAACUAUAGAAACACAGGCUACAAGUGCACUGGAUGAAAAGUUGAAACUUGAAAAAACUGUUAAAGACCUGGAAAAAGUUCAACAAGACCAAAAGCCUAAAUUGAAUACUAAGGAGGUGACUGAUCUUGAGAAGACAGUGGCAACACUGAGGGAAGAUUUUGAGAAGACUCUGAAUGCAAGCACCGAAAGCCAGAAAUCAUUAGAGGAUAAUCUGAUUUCUACUAAACACAACCUUCUCAAAGUACAGGAGCAACUAGAAAUGGCUGAGAAGGAAUUGGAAAAGAAGUUCCAGCAAACGGCUGGAUAUCGUAAUAUGAAAGAAAUAUUGACAAAAAAGAAUGACCAAAUAAAGGAGCUACGCAAACGCCUUUCAAAGUAUGAACCAGAAGACUAAGAACAUUGUGUGACAGUUUUCAGCUGUUAAGCUGUGUCAGAAAGGAAACUUCAGAGAGAAAGUCCUACUACAUUCAAUCUGAUCUCAAUAUUUUGGAGGAUUUGUCAAAAUCUUAGUCAGCGAGGCGCUAUGUUUAACAUUUUAAUUUCACCCACAUGUAUUAUACCUUUUAUAUUAUAUGUUCCUGGUAUCAUUUCAUGGUAAAGAAUAUCACGGUAACACAAUGAUUAUUUGUUGAUCUCUGUGCAUUGAAAUGGAGCAGGAGUCAUCCAAUAUCAGCACAAAUCCCAAACACACUAAAGCCAUUGUAUAAAACGUGAAUCAACAAUAUGUGUACGCAGGAGUCAUUUCAGAGCAGUCACGCAAUGCUACGGGCUCCAAUUACUAUGAAAAUCAUUGGAUAAGAUUACUGCCUUGUAAUCAACUCCAAAUAUCCCAACAAUUAAUUUCAUUUUUUUUCUUUUUAUUUUUUUUCUUCUCAGCCAUAAAGUACAAACUACAUUUACCACUGAAAUUGUUCUUAAUUUCAAAGUAAAACAGAGUUUCACCUAAAGAAAAUCUAGCUGACAUAAUCUGACUUGCACCCAUCAUUUAGAUUAAAUGCAUUUUCACUAUAAGUGGAAUAUCUAAGAUCAUUUGCUUGAUACUUUCCUAUGUAAGUUUGCUCUGUUGAAAGUACAGUAUACUACAUGACAAGAAAAUGAAUUAAAAUUAAAAUGUUACACCAU